UAUUAAUAGCUCUAUAAUGCCCAACAGGGGCAUUGGAGACCUAGGAUAAAAAUUCCUUUGGUGAUUAAAAAGAUACAAGACAUCUAAACAGCUCUUCUUGGCGCUGCCUACGGAGGUGGCAGCCAUCUCCUAUUCGGCAUCAUGGCCACCCUCAGACCCCUUGUGAAGCCCAAGAUCGUCAAAAAGAGGACCAAGAAGUUUACCCGGCACCAGUCAGACAGCUAUGUAAAAAUCAAGCGUCACUGGCGGAAACCCAGAGGUAUUGACAACAGGGUUCAGAGAAGAUUCAAGGGCCAGAUCUUGAUGCUCAACAUUGGUUAUGGGAGCAACAAGAAAACAAAGCACGUGCUGCCCAGUGCUUUCCGCAAGUUUCUGGUCCACAACGCCAAGGAGCGAAUGUGCAACAAAUCUUACUGCGCAGAGAUUGCUCAUAAUGUUUCCUCCAAGAACCACAAAGCCAUUGUGGAAAGAGCCACCCAGUUGGCCAUCAGAGUCACCAAUCCCAAUGCCAGGCUGCACAGUGAAGAAAAUGAACAGACAGCCUACAUGUGGGACCUGCUUCAGUCCUCCCCUGCCAACCCUCCACCAUAUCCCACUGCUUCCAGCAAGAUCUUUAGGAGAAAACUGAGGGAACAGCUCGUGUGCCCCUCCUCUGCAUGUGUUCCCUCAGUGCUGUCCAUGCAGCGAGCUCCCUCCCCGCCACUGUCCUUACAUACCUGGGCAUCGCCCAUACCUCGAUUACUUGCGCAUUCUCUCCCAGAAGCCAACCACGGAAUAAUGACAUGUGCCCUCUCCACAGGAAUGUCAUGUCACGGCAAGCUCGCUUCUUGUCGCAUUGUCUCUCUUCACUACCUUCCAACUUGGGCAGUUACAUCUGAUAUCCAGGGCAAGGACAGAGUCCCCGGCAUCUAUCUACAUGCAGAGAACUACUGUUAA